AUGGGUCUACUGACGCAGAUCCCUUUGGAGGAAAGUGGGGUCCGGAGCAGUGGGGUGGAAUCUGGAGUGCGCAGCCUCCCUUCUGGCCUGCCCGGACCACACCAGGUCCCCGGGGUCCCCCUGCCCCCACGCCAUCCCCCCACAACCCGCGUAGCCGGGCUCCAGUACCCGCACCUGGGCCCCCGGGUCGACCCCACACCUGGGCCCCUGUCCCUCCUCCCCCUGGAUCCCCCCGAUCCUGCCCUUGGGCCCCCGCCCGCCCCCCGACCUGGGCCCUCCCGCAUCCGCACCUGGGUCCGCGCACCGGCCCCUGCGCCUUGGAUUCCCCGGCACGCGGGCCCCCGCGCCCCUCGGAUUCCCCCCACCUCCGCGCCCCCCGGAUUCCCCCGCACCCGGGCCCCCGGGGUGCCCCCGCACCCGCACCUGGGCGCCGCCCGCCCGCCCCGCCUCCCCGGGGGCCGCGCGCGCGGGUGGGUCACGUGCGGCGGGCCGGCGGGGCGGGCCGGGCGUCUGCAGGAAUGCGGCAACUCGCGGGCGAAAGUUCCUGCGCGCGCCGGCCGCGGACCCGGGGCGGGCGGGCGCGCAGAGGAAGGAAGGGCCGCGAGGAGGCGGGGCCGACGCGCCGCUCGGGCGGGCGGCUCUCUCAACUUUAGUUUUGGCGUCGGCGGCGAGUUUCUGUCUCAGUCGGGCGCAGCCGCCGCCGGGGGAGAGAGAGGGAGGAAGGAAGGAAGGAACUCCGGGAGCAGAGCGGGCAGCGGGGGAGGGGAGCCCCCGCCGCCCCUCCCGAGCGCAGCCGGCGGGGGCGCGGGCGGGGGGCGCGGGGUCGCGGCCUGUCCCCCCCCGGCCCCGCGAGCGCCCAGAGGGCCGCCGCCGCCCUCGGGGUUCAGGGCCCAGAGAAACUCCCUUGAGUUGCUGGCAAAGCCCCGGGUUAGGCCGGAGCUGGGAACCGCCGCUUCCUUUGUGAGAGGUCGGCCCAGGUGUGCCGUGCCCCCUCCUCCGAGCCUCGUGUGGGUAGAGGUGUGCUCCGAUGCAGGUUACUUCCUGCGCUUGGAAAGCGCCAGUACUGAUGCAGGCAGUGCCGGAGCGCUGGCUCCCCAGCACGUUCGAGCUCAUUCCUCCCCAGCUUCCCUGCAACUGGGGGCCGUGUCUCCUGGGACACUGACCCCCACUGGAGUGGUCUCGGGUCCCGCGGCUACACCCGCUGCUCAGCACCUGCGACAGUCUUCUUUUGAGAUACCCGACGAUGUCCCUCUGCCCGCGGGCUGGGAGAUGGCAAAGACCUCUUCUGGUCAGAGAUACUUCUUAAAUCACAUCGAUCAGACAACAACAUGGCAGGACCCCAGGAAGGCCAUGCUCUCCCAGAUGAGCGUCACGGCACCCACCAGCCCACCGGUGCAGCAGAACAUGAUGAACUCGGCCUCAGGUCCUCUGCCUGACGGAUGGGAACAAGCCAUGACUCAGGAUGGAGAAAUCUACUAUAUAAACCAUAAGAACAAGACCACCUCUUGGCUAGACCCGAGGCUUGACCCUCGUUUUGCCGUGAACCAGAGGGUCGGGCAGAGCGCCCCGGCGAAGCAGCCCCCGCCCCUGGCCCCGCAGAGCCCACCGGGGGGCGUCCUUGGCAGCAGCGGCUCCAACCAGCAGAUGCGGCUGCAGCAGCUGCAGAUGGAGAAGGAGAGGCUGCGUCUGAAGCAGCAGGAGCUGCUCCGGCAGGCAAUGCGGAAUAUCAAUCCCAGCUCAGCAAAUUCUCCAAAAUGUCAGGAAUUAGCUCUUCGUAGCCAGUUACCAACACUGGACCAGGAAGGUGGGACUCAGAACCCAGUGCCUUCGCCUGGGAUGUCUCAGGAGCUGAGGACAAUGACGACCACUAGCUCCGAUCCCUUUCUUAACAGUGGCACCUACCACUCCCGCGAUGAGAGUACAGACAGCGGACUGAGCAUGAGCAGCUACAGCGUCCCUCGAACCCCCGACGACUUCUUGAACAGUGUUGAUGAGAUGGACACAGGCGACACUAUCAACCAAAGCACCCUCCCCUCUCAGCAGAACCGCUUCCCAGACUACCUAGAAGCCAUUCCUGGGACGAACGUGGACCUCGGGACGCUGGAGGGGGACGGGAUGAACAUAGAGGGGGAAGAGCUGAUGCCUAGUCUGCAGGAAGCCCUGAGCUCAGACAUCCUCAACGACAUGGAGUCCGUGCUGGCCGCCACCAAGCUCGACAAAGAAAGCUUUCUCACAUGGCUAUAGAGCCCUCAGGUAGACCGAAUUCCAAACCUGUGAAGGAUCUGAGGAGAUGUGCCCGAAAUUUCCAGGCAUAGCCGGUCGCAGUCUUGUGGCUGAUACAGAGAACGAUGAACAGACAUCCAGCAAGAUUCUCUCACCCACUGUCUCGCUCUUCCUUGUCCGUUGCUGCUGUUAAUAUAUUGCUGACCUCUAUCCUAGUUGGCCCUAAAGACUCGACACUUUUGUUGUUUCUUUUGCUACUAUAACUACUGUUCGUUUUGGGGGCUGGGGGAAGUGAGCCUGUUUGGACGAUGGACGCCUUUCCUUUUGCCCAGUUAGACACUCGCCCAUCACCCUAACCGAAUACUCAGACUUGGAACUUGGAUGCUUCGUGUCACAGCAUUUACUCUGUCGGGCAGUUGUUUCUUCAGCUGCGUGUGGUGUGGCCAGUGGAAAACCACAACUGGCUCGUCUGCCAGGCCAGGAAUGUCGGGUCUGAUGUUACGUACUUCGCGCAGAUUUGAUGAGCUAGCUGAAACCGAGGCUGAAGACUGUUUUACUUUCAGUGUUUUUUUUUCCCUCCUAGUGUUCUCGUUAGUCACAUAGUGACCUUGAUUUUAUUUUAGGAGCUUAUAAGGCAUGAGAGAGUUUUUUCCAUAGAAAUAUAUGAAUUAUUGCCACAUACUCUAGUGUAGGUUUGGGUGGGUUUAUUGUGGGUUUGCUUCUUGUUUGUUUGUUUCCGUUUUGAUUGGUUGGGUUGUGUUUUUGUUUUGUUUUGUUUUUGUUUUUGCCCCCACCCCCACCCCCCAACCUAGACAAAUUACCAUAGUAGCGAAGAAUCUGUUUAUAGUUGUAUCUCGGGGCGGCUAUUGUAGUGCCUUUGGUAAAAAUCUACAUUUCCUGAUUUUUUUAACAUCUUAUUUAAAUCAUGAUUAUCUGC